UUCACAAUCACCGAGAUUUGAACGUCGUGCAGGGGCUGCUUUUUCCAAUUGAUGAUCUCAACUGAAGUUUCCUCUGUCAGCCUCAUGAAAAGACUGUAGAAAGUCGUGGACAAUGAAAAAACUGUCGCCUAGUUGGAGUUUUGUCGAAAGCAGAAGGAACUAGACGCCAUUAGAGCCCCAACGAUGCGGUUCAAACAAAGAAGGCUGUGAUUUGCGGUCUCGGUGGUUUUGUGCGCCGCUGCUGCCAGCCAGGGCUGGGUCCCGUUACAGUUGUGAGUCGGCGGCUCGCCAAGAUGUCUAUGGAGGAGCAGGAAUAUCCCGACGCGGUUCUGGUGACAGAAGCCGGGCCGCAGUGGCUUCGGGCCGAAGUGGAGCGUCUUACCCGGGAGCUCCGAGAGACGACCCAUGAGAAGAUCCAGGCGGCGGAGUACGGACUGGCGGUGCUGGAGGAGAAGCAGCAGCUCAAGCAGAGAUUUGAUGAGUUGGAGACGGAGUACGAGACAGUCCGACAGGAGCUGGACCAGCUGAAGGAGGCCUUUGGACAAGCCUACUCAACCCACAGGAAGGUGGCGGCAGACGGUGAAAGCAGGGAAGAGUCAUUGAUCCUGGAGUCUGCCAGUAAGGAGGCACUCUACCAGCAGAAGGUUCUAGAGUUGCAAAAUGAGCUCCGACAGGCCAAAGCUUCCCUCUGCAGUGCACAAGCAGAAAAUGACCGCCUGUCAUCCAUUGCCCUGGAGAUGAGAGAGAACUCAGAUCUGGCAGAGCUGCAGCGCAGUCAGCUGCGAGACGACAUCAGAGAGUACAAGGUUCGGGAGGCUCGACUGCUGCAGGACUACUCUGAGUUGGAGGAGGAGAACAUCUCCCUUCAGAAACAAGUGUCUGUGCUGAGACAGAACCAGGUGGAAUUUGAAGGUCUAAAACAUGAGAUUCGCCGUCUGGAGGAGGACUCCCAGUGUCUACACAGCCAACUGGAGGAAGCCAUGCGUCUGAGAGAAAUCGCUGAGCGACAGCUGACGGAAGCUUUAGAGACCAUCAAGACAGAGCGUGAGCAGAAAGCCACCCUGCGCAAAGAGCUCUCCCACUAUAUGACCAUCGGGGGCUCAGUGUACAGCAGCUCUUUUAGUAUCUCCAUCGAUAACCCUAAACUGCAUGAGGAUCCCUCCACCAUCACUGAACCUGACAACGAUGAUCUAAUUAGAGGCUUUGAGAACGGCUUGGUCAAGGCAGGCGAAAGUGAUGAAGACAAUAGAAUGGCAGUGAACAAGAGAGGAGAGGCCUUUAAGCCGGCUCCGAGCCUGGUGGACGACCUGCUGAGUGAACUCAACAUCUCUGAGAUACAGAAACUUAAGCAGCAGCUUGUGCAGGUUGACCGAGAAAAAGCAGCUCUGAUCAGCUCUCUGCAGGAGAGCCAGAAGCAGCUGGAACAGGCCUAUGGCACUGUGUCUGAGCAAAAGGAAACGGUCAACAGGCUCACUGAAAAUCUUAGUGCAAUGAGAAAACUGCAGGCUAGUAAGGAGCGCCAGUCUGCCCUUGACAGUGAGAAAGACAGGGACAGCCAUGAUGACGGAGACUACUACGAGCUGGACAUCAACGGGCCUGAGAUUCUGCAGUGUAAGUACACUGUGGCAGUGUCCGAGGCUGGGGAAUUGAGGCAAGAGCUGAAGACACUCAGGGCACAGUAUGAGGAGUGUCGCACCCAAUAUGAAGAUGAACGAGCACGGUUGGAAAACGAUGUCCAAGACUUGAGGUCAAAGUUGAUGUCGCUGGAGAAGAUCAGCCAAGUCGAUAAAGCAGAGGUGGCUCGUCUGGAGAAAGAGCUCCGUCUGGUCAGUGAGGCUGCAGGAGAAUCACUUGGCAGCCUUAAUGUGGCUCAAGAUGAGCUCAUAGCGUUCAGCGAAGAACUGGCCAAUCUCUACAACCAUGUGUGCAUGUGCAACAAUGAGACCCCUAACCGUGUCAUGCUGGAUUACUACAAGGAAGGCAAGGCUUUGGUAAGGAGGGGACAAGAAGGGAAAGAGCACCAGUCAGUACUUCUCACUAAUGGGUUGAUCAGUGAGACUGAACCUUCAAAGUCAGGCUCCAACAGCACCACAGCUACUGCAGCCCCAGAGCACCGCCCAGAACCCAUGAAUAUCUACAACCUCGUAGCCAUCAUCAGGGACCAGAUCCGCCAUCUGCAGCAGGCAGUGGACCGCACCACAGAACUCUCACGUCAGAGACUUGCCAAUCUGGAGCUGAGCACCGUGGCAGACAAAGACAAAGAAGCUUGCAUGGAAGAGAUUCUCAAACUGAAAUCCCUGCUCAGCACCAAAAGGGAACAGAUUGCCACUCUGAGGGCUGUGCUCAAGGCUAACAAACAGACGGCUGAGGUUGCUCUGGCCAACCUCAAGAGUAAGUAUGACAGUGAGAAGGGCAUGGUGACAGAGACUAUGAUGAAGCUCCGUAAUGAACUCAAGGCUCUGAAGGAGGAUGCUGCUACCUUCUCUUCUCUUCGAGCCAUGUUUGCUACAAGAUGUGAUGAGUAUGUGACACAGCUGGAUGACAUGCAGAGGCAGCUUGCUGCAGCUGAGGACGAGAAGAAGACGCUGAAUUCUCUGUUGCGUAUGGCCAUACAGCAGAAACUGGCAUUAACUCAGCGCCUAGAGGAUUUGGAGUUUGACCAUGAGCAGGCGCGCCGCAACAGCGCCACAGUGGGAGGCAAGGCCAAAACAAAAGGCAAAGGAGCCUCAUCUAACCAUCAUUAAAUCAAGCCAAGUGUCCUUAAGGAGGUCCGUCAGAGUGUGUGUGACAGUUGCCAGUCACCUGUUGUGUCCUCCUGGUUUCUUCACUCCAAUCACGUUCCGAAUCAAGUUACUGAUAAGACGAGAACGUAGAAUUUGCCAAAAGUCUUGUUUUUGAGUGCCAAAACAAGGAUUUUAAAUUCUCGAAAGUUCAUUCAAACAAUGUGACUGCAGAAAACAUGACUAAUCGCAGUCAGCUGCCUGUUGCAGUCCAUCAGUCUUCCAACUAAAGCACCACUUAUGAUAACUGAACCAGAAGAAGCAGCAAGAUGGUUGUUUUACGGAUCACUCAUUGCCUGUGUUACCCUGACUGAGCACUUUUUGAUUUCCUGAUUUGCUCUUAUAGGUGAUUCCUCUUAUUUUCUAAAAUCAUGCUGUGCCAAGUAUUAUUCAACAAUGGCAUUUUCUAGUAUCUCAACAUAUUUUUAACCUUAUUUAAUUUAUUUCAUAACAAUGAAGCUGGUGAUUAUGUUAGCUUUUAAAAAACAAAACUUUACUGUUGUUCAAAUCAAACAAAAGAGACAAAUAAGCUUCUCUGCUUCUGUUAUCCUUUGGCCUUAAAUUUCUUUUUGCCUUUCUGACAGCCAAUGAAAAUAAGCACGAUUUUUGAUAACCGUGUCUCCUGGUCAGCUAAUUUAAAAAAUGGUGAUAUAUUACUGUUAAUCAGUGAUCCUGCAAAUAUGGACCUACAAAUUGAGUGUCUUAACAACAUUGUGUAUAGCUAUGCUCCUUAGACAUGGGGGAACUGUUAGGAAUUAAAGUAUGCUUGUUACAAUGGAGAAAGAGUAUUACAAUGCAAAUCUUAUUUAAAGAUUUAUAAGUUAAGGUCAGAUGUUAAUAGUAUUCAUACACUUUAUUCAUGAAGGAAAGUUUUUAAAGUAAUUGUUUUAAUAUUACUUUUUGUAAACCUUUUUAAGUCCUAAAUAAUAAACUGCAGUGCCAUGUUGUGUUUUGUUUAUAUCAGUGCAAUUUGUGAACAUGGCAAGAAAAUAAUGUUUUGUGCUGUGUGAAGGUAUUUGACGUAUUGUUACAUGUUGUUGCUCACAUUCUUGGUCCUAAUUGGAUUUAUGUGUUUUUACUAUAACUGCAGUUGUAUUUAUUUGACUCUGUUCAGACGACAGGAUGGAUCAUCCUUUUGAUGACAGAAGGGAGUUUGAAUUUAGCUGAAUGGUCACAAUUUCAAGAAGACUGAACUGGUUUAAAAUGAAAAAAAACACUAGCAAAAUUCAUGACUGUAGGUGCUUGUCUCAGCUUCCAGUUGUGGUUGGUGUAAAAAAUAAAUCUAACUUUCACAAUU